AUGGAAAAUGUGUCGGUGGUUUCGAUGUUAACGCCAACAAUGAUUCAUAUUUAUGUCGUGACUGUUGUUUUCGAUUACAAUGAACUAGUGGCAGCCAAUUGGAUUAGUCCAAAAGAGUUGGCCACCUACGAUGGGGUACUAAACGAUUACUCUUUGUUGCGCUGUGAGAUAUAUCACACCAGCGCAUAUGUUUCCGAUCGUGUAACACGAAAUAAAAAACGCUCAAUGCGUCGCUUGUCACCAUUACUUAUGGUCGAAUGGUGGUGGGUAUGCCUUGAUGAAGCACAAAUGGUGGAAUCAAAUUCUACGAAUGGGGCAGCUAUGGUAAAACAACUGCCAGCUAUAAACCGCUGGGUCAUUACUGGCACGUCCAUACAACGCAGCAUUGAUGAUUUGUGUGGUUUAUUGGAAUUCAUCGGUUUCACAGAACCCUUAACGCCGCCAAUUGGUUGGAAAGCAAUAGUAGAUGCUGACGUUAUGCAUCAGAAUGCUGCAAAAGGUCAUGAUAAAGCAGAAUUGACACUUGUUAAUGGUUUGCAACGUUGCACGUGGCGCACAUCCACCAACUCAUUCAUUUGUGAGAAACAUUUCGAAAAGGAGGCAAUUGGAACAAGGAAUCUUAAAAAGAAUGCUGUACCUACAUUGCAUCUGGAUGAGGCCCCAACGCAAUUAUUUCAACCGGUGCGCCCGUACAAAAGUUGCUGCGUUAGCAACUGUGCCGGUGGAGCAAAACUUUUUACGUUUCCUAAAACGGAAGUUGCUAGAAAUAAUUGGGUUAAGGCCUGCAAUCUUCAGUUACCACUGAAAAAACCUUCAUAUAUCCGUGAACGACAUUUUCACAAUAAAGAUAUCUCGUCAAGGCGCAUGCUGAAUGAAGCUCUUCCUGUGCUAAAUUUAAAAUUUGAAGUUGACGAAACUAGUCAGCAAUCGCCACAGUGGGUUUUGCCGCCGGUUGUACAAACAUAUGAUGUUUUAAAAACCGAGUGUACAACACCAAAUGAUAUGUCAUUUGAAGAGAUGGGAAAUCCAAAUGACAUAUCAUUUCAAGAAUUCGAAAAAUAUUCCCGCCUUCAUGAAAUAGAAAUGAAGUGCGAAGAUAGUGAGAAUAUCACUGUUCUCGACCAUGAGCAUUACGCUCGAGUAGCUAGGGGUUUUCAAAGUAAUUCUUUGAGGCAAAUGAAAAAGAUUAAAGAGCUAAAAAGGAAAGUUUUCCUGUUGACAAAAAAAUGUCAAGCUCUGGAAAAAAACGUCAUAAUAACAGGCGAUGCUAAUGAACAUGCGAUAACAUUCGCAAAGAUGAUUUUAAAGAAAAAAAACUCCUACGAUGAAAAGGAGAAAUCAAUGGCUUUAAACAUCAAUUAUAUGUCGACUAAGACAUAUAAUUUCAUGCGCGACGAUUUGGGGUUUGCAUUGCCCCACAAAAAAUCACUUUUGCGUUGGCGUCCGAUCCGGUAUGUCUGCCCCGGUAUCGACGAAAAAGUCUUGAACAAUUUAAAAAAAAUUGUUCAAGACUUUAAACCAGAAGAACGCAUAUGCCAACUAAUUUUCGACGAAGUAUCAAUCAAAAAAGAUCUGACGUACAACAAAGUACGAGAUGUGAUUGAUGGCUUCGUCGAUAAUGGAGAAGGUCACCGGGAAAGCGUGAUCGGCAAUAAGUGCUGCUUCUUUAUGUUGAAAGGCAUAGUCGCAAAAUGGAAAUAUGUGAUUUCCUAUUAUGUGGCAAAAGAUGGCGUCAAAAGUGAGAAUUUGUUGAAUAUGCUCAAGAGCAAUAUAAAUGCCUCAGCAGAAAUCGGACUUAAAAUCAAGUCAAUAGUGUGCGACCAAGGUGCACAAAAUAUCAAAUUGAGGCAACUGGUAGGCGCUACACCAAAAAAGCCAUAUUUCUUUCACAAUGAAAGAAAAAUAUAUAUGAUGUUUGACUAUUGCCAUUUGAUUAAAUGCAUGCGCAAUAUGUUACUAAAAUAUGACGUUGAAACGCAAGAUGGGCUGACAACUUUUAAAGUUGUGCGUAAAAUAUAUGCCAUAGACCAGGCGAACGUUAAUUUUAAAAUGUGCCCUAAAUUAACCUAUUCGCAUGUGUACCCCGGAAGCUUGGAAAAAAUGUCAGUGUCAAGAGCGACACAAAUAUUUAGCAAUUCGGUCGCCGCGGCAAUUGAGAUGUCAAUUAAGGAAAAUUUAUUGGGCUCCGAUGAGCAUUUAAAAAAAUGCGCCAAAGCAACCCAACUGUUGGUGAAACGGAUGAAUGAUCUGUUCGACGAAUUGGAUUGUAAGACGCUUUGCAAUCCAAAUCCGCGAAGAAGGCCAAUACGUAGAGAUUGUAUUGAGAAAAUUAAUCGUUUGAAAGAUCACAUCGCCUAUAUUAAAAAUAUAAAAAAGCCUACCAGUCAAAUAUUGUGCCUCGACUCAUUUGUAUUAACGAUAAAUGCAAUGAUCGAAUUGAGCGGCGAUAUAUUCGAUGAAUAUCCGAAUAUAUCAUUUAUACUCUUAGGGAGGAUGAACCAAGAUGCCUUGGAAAACUUUUUUUACAAAAUAAGAGCAAAUUUAGGAUGCAAUAAUCAUCCAUCAGCACAUGAGAUGCAAUAUAUUGUUGCAAGGCUAGUGUCCAUGCAUAUAUUGCGACGCAACUUCUCGCAAACAGGCAGCAAUUGCGAAGAAGACGACGAUGAAAACCUUGAUUGGAAUAUUGGCCAGGAAGACGACCUUAAAGAAAAUUUAAAACCGUCUGAGCAACUUGCCGUGGAACAAAUAUAUGUUCCAGAUGAGCACUUUGCUCAGACCGAAAAACCAGCAGAAAUACAGGUUCGUCGCUAUUAUACUGGAUAUGCAAUAUACCAGAAGGUUUUCUGCAGAUUAAAAUGCGAAAAAUGUGCAUAUUUAAUGAGGAAGAGUGAUACUUCUCUACAAGCCUCAUCGGAAGCCCUUAUAAGGUCCAAAAAUUAUAAAAGCGCGGAUGACCUAAGGCUGGUUAAUCCCAAUGAUAGAGUUUUCGAGAUAAGCCGCCUUCAAAUGAGCCUCUAUAAAGAUUUGUUUAAGGAAAAUUCUUGCAGAGUGGGUAUAAAAUCGAUGAUUUUAGCCCAGAUUACUGCAAUUACCGAACAAAAAUACCCAGAGUGGUACAGCGAGGCUGGAGAUUGCCUCGAGCAUAGGCACCAAUUUUUAGAUUUUUUAAUAACAGUUUUACUGUUUAAAAACGCGAAAUGGCUGGCACAGCAACAGGAAGAGUCUUACAAAAAUGAAGUUAAGGCGAGAUAUUACAAUAAAAGAGAGAAACUAAAGAAACUGGUAACAUAAGUAGAUUGUAGGCCAUAUUUAAUUUUUCUAGCAACUUCCGUGUUAUAAAAGAUUCUUCAAAAACUAAUAAUGUUCUUUUUAUUUUUUUC